GUAUUGUAGGCGUUCGCGGCGAAUUGUCGCCUCACAUUGCGUAUCACUUGUUUAUUAGUUUAUUUAAAUAUAGUUCACUUGAAAUUUGUACACGAUUUUUCGGUAUUUAAUUGAGUUUGUUUUGGCUUCUGCACAGACAGCAAAUUAGGUCUGUAGGCCAAAUUCGCACUCUCAAUCUCGACUGACACGAAUGCGAACGGAACGGGAACACAGGCACACAACGCAAACGUUUGCAGCGACGACGACACGGACAUGGACACGGACACUGGGCACGGGCGACACGGGCAGGAAAGGCGCAAGCACAAUGUGCGAUAGGCGAUAGAAGACAGUAAGUAGACAGAAAACAGAAGAAUAUAGGUAUGAGCACACUAAUAAUGGCAGCGACACAGAAACACAGUGACAGAACAAGAAUAUCGCACACAUACUAAAAAUAAAAAUAAAAACAAGACGAAGAUAUACAUACAUACAUACUAGUACAAAUGGCAAGCGGAAAAUAUGAAAAAAAAAACGAACGACCACUAGCACCGCACCGUCAAUGAGGAUAUGGUUGUGGUUGUCUCUGGCCGUUGCUGUUGCUGUGAUGGAGCGCCGUGCGCCUCUUAUGCUGCCAAGCUAUCGCGCUGCUGUUGGAGUCGCGGAGUGCGCGCAGCGUAAAUGUUCUGGAUACACGAACGCCAGCACAAAGCGUAAUGUGCGCAAACUCUGCCGUUGUGUACGCGCCGCGGACGAGGCGAAGUUUGGUUCGUCACUUGCACUUGGCCUUAAAAAUCAUUUGAAGAACAAGGACGGCAGCAGCCGUGUGAACGUUAAUCUAGCAUCGGCAGCAACGUUCAGCACGAAAAGUUUUCGGUGAAGCUUUGGCGUAAGCUUUUGCUAAAAAGCGCGCUGUUUCAAGUUUUUGUUAUUGACAUUCAAAUGGAGGCACAAAAGCUUUACGCUUCAGUGUGCCCUUUGUCGGUGUGUGUGUACGUUAGUGAAGAGAAAAGGAAAAUGGAAGAACUAAACAAGUUGGAAGUAAUGUAGGUUUUAAAAAUCUGAACUUCCGUUUCCGUUACGCCAUAAUGUAAACUAUGCUGGCCUAGAUCAGUGCGUUAGGGGCUGUAGGUGGGUUAAGACACUUUUGAAUUCAUUUUAUUAAAAAAAAAAUCAUUUAAGUCUAAUAAUGGUUUAGUCUAGGCUGCUCUUGUGUUCCGCAGAUCUGGCUUACUCCGAUUUUUGUCAUUUCUGAGGAUAUUUCUCAUUUCAAUAUGGGCGCCUUAUAAAGAAAUGGAUUCUAACGGCUCUUUGUUUCCUACACAGGAGUGCCAAAAUGGAAGUUUAGGCGUAUUCAAAAACAAAGCGAUAUAUGAGGAACGUAAUGCAAUUGGUUGGCUUCAAGUUUCUCUUUAGAUAUACAUAACAAAAAUUAUAAUAUUUUAUU